GCCCCACAACAUCUAGUCCCGCGCAUACCCGCUGCAAGUAAUUGCCGAUCUGAUGCAUUGAGCACGUAAACUCUAUGCGCUGUUUCUGUUUGAUCUCAACCUGGAAACAAUUACAAUUCAUUUCCCCUUUGCUGUCUUGCGGCAAUUAGACUUAGCCACUGACUUUUAGCGACUCUGAGUAAGUUGUAAGAAUAUUACCUAGUACUAGGUAAAUCGGAAUAAUGACAGAUUCCUCUCAACCCCUCCGAAUCGGCUUCGUGCCAGAGCACUUCUCCACGCCACUUUACUUUGCCCAGAAAUAUUUUGGCCUUUCCGCUACAUUGAUCCCUUUCCCGUCCGGCACCGGGCAUAUGAUCACAGCUAUCCGGUCUGGCGAAAUUGACAUCGGCAUCGGUCUGACAGAAGCAUGGGUAGCAGGUCUGGGCAAGGAAGAUACCCCUGGCGAUGGUGGCUAUCGAAUUGUCGGGACCUACGUCGAGACGCCUCUUUGCUGGGCAAUUUCAACUGGUGCCAAGCGACCUGAAAUUACAUCUGUAUCCUCACUCAAAGGAUCUAAAAUCGGGAUUUCGCGCAUCGGUUCUGGAAGCCAAGUGAUGGGCUACGUGCUCGCGGACCAACAAGGAUGGCUCACCCCGGGAAAGUCACCCUAUGAAGAUUUUGUGAUAUUACAGAACUUCGAGAAUCUGAGGAAUGCAGUCAACGAUGGCAAGGCAGACUUUUUCAUGUGGGAACACUUCACAUCCAAGCGGUACUACGACAGUGGAGAGAUACGCCGCGUGGGCGAGAUCUACACCCCCUGGAGCAGCUGGAAGAUCGUGGCGUCAACAGAACGGCUGUUGUCGGGACCGAGCGCGGAUCAACGGCUAUUGGACUUGUUCAAGAAGCUUGACGAGGGUGUGAAGUAUUUUGGCGCGCAUCAGGACGAGGCGGUUAAGUACAUCAGUACUAAUCUGGAUUACUCGGAAGAGGAUGCGAGAGAGUGGUUGAGCACUGUGAGGUUCGCUACUAAGACUGAAGGCGUUGACUUGAAAGUCAUUCAGAGCUGCGUCGACAUUCUACGUAAAGCGGGAGUCUUGGCUGAGGGUAAAGGCUUGCAGCCAGAGAGCAUGCUCAUAAAGGGUCUGGGCGCGCAAUUUCCGGAAUGAGACAUACAGGAACUAGCUGUAUCAUACUGGAGAUAAAGAAUGAAAUGUUUGAGAUAUUUUUAAUCUAUCUUUAUUUCCGAUUAAUAUUGUCUUGUCUUCUACCCCGAAUCGCGAUAUCAACGUCAUUUCCGCCCCGCAUUAUUGAGCUGAGCUCCCCACACGAAAUUCUGCGCCGCAACC